AUGCAUCGCUGGUUCUUUGCAAACGAGCGCGAGGAAUGCCAGCCGCCGGCGGAGGAGCUGGCGGCGCUGCCGCCAGACGAGCAGCAGGGCGAAGAGCCGACCAAGGAGAUUGUCUAUACGGAUUGGCCAUUUUGUGUGCGCAUCAAGAUGCCGCUGCAGGGCAACGAGCAUGUGGCUAUUAGCGGCAACUGCGACGAGCUGGGCAACUGGGAUCCGAAGCUGGUGUACAUUAUGGAUCCGGCGAACUGCACCUGUGCGGGCCAGUGCAGUUGCCGCAAAUUCGAGAGCCGGGUGCGCAUACCGCGGCACAAGGAUAUCGAGUAUCGAUACUGCAUCGUUGGCUACGAUCCGCUGCUGGACGAUGUGCUCAUCCGUUUCUGGGAGGUGAUGCCGCAGCCGCGCGUGAUACGGCCCUGUCACAAUAUGCUGAAGCGAUGCGAACACUUUGGCCUGGAACAGGGACCUGAUGCUGUGCUGAAGGUGGAUCGCGGCUGGGCCACCACCGAGACCUUUGUCCAGUUCAAGAUCUUCAAUGCGCCCUUCAUCUGGCUGAAGCAGACGCCGCGCCUCAUCUAUGUCUAUAUGCAGCCCAUGUACGAGACGGAGCCGCCCGAUUGCGGUGUGCGGCAUUUGGAAUCGCUGCGCCUGUCGACGGCGGCCGUGGCGAGGCGUCGCACCACAAUGCCCGUCCGGCUGGACAUGCAGCUGGCCUACACGGAGGUGGCCAAUUUACGCAAUUCGUGCAAGCUGCGCUAUCAGCCGCCGGCGGGCGCCUGCUGCGGCCCAGCGGAUCUGCAGCUGUUUCACUGCACGCUGCGGCAUCCGCGCGAGACAAUCUUUCGGCUGGAUCUGUACACGUUCGCCUACAAGUGCGCCCUGGACGAGCCGCCGUAUCAUUAUGGCUAUGGUUUCAUACAGCCGGAGCAGCUGAUCGGCUCUGAGGGUCAGGUGCGCGUCAAGAUUACCUGCGCCUCGACGCAUCGGCCGCUGAUCGAAAUGAAUCUCACGUAUUUGAUAAUACGACCGCUCGAGUCCAUCAGCUGCAACCUGAGCGUCACCUACGAGCGUUUCUGGCGCGAGGCCCAUCUGGCCCUGGACAUCGGGCAUCGCGGCACGGGCAACACCUAUCGCCUCGGCGACAAUGUGCAUCGCGAGAAUACUCUGUUCAGCUUCAAGCGCGCCGCCCUGCAUCAUGCGGACAUGGUUGAGCUGGACGUGCAUUUGACAAAAGACGCCCAGGUUGUGGUCUAUCAUGACUUUGUGCUGCGAUUUGCCUUGGGCUCCGCUUGGGGCGUCGAAAAGCUCUCGGCAGAUCACGACGUUAUGGUCUUUCCGCACGAACAGCUCAGCCGCCUGCGGCUGCUCUCGAUGGGCGGGGCCAAGCGAGGCGAACACAUCGUUGUGCCGCUGCAGUGCUUCAACUAUGACGAACUGCGUCUGGCCCAGCCGCUGCGUUAUGCGGCGAGCGACGGCUGCUCCGGCGACUGCGAUCGUCAUUUGGAGUCGCAGCUGCCAUUUCCGCUGCUCAGCGAUGUCUUCGAUGCGGAGCGGGGCGGUCUACCGGAACAGCUGGGCAUUAUCGUGGAGCUGAAGUGGCCGCAGCAGGACAGCAAGCGGCGCUGGCAGGAUCAGAGCUCGAAGCCGUGCUUCGAUCGCAACUUCUAUGUGGACACCGUGCUCGAUGUGGUCUUUCGGCUUGCCGGCAAACGGCGCAUUGUCUUCUCCAGCUUCAAUGCGGACAUCUGCAUCAUGAUACGCUACAAGCAGAACUAUUAUCCGGUCGUCCUGCUGCUGGUCGAUCCCGAGCAGCCCAUUCAGUUUCUCGAUCAGCGCGUCAAUCGGCUGGAGUACGGCGCCUUUCUCGCCUACAUCAUGGAGUUCUUCGGGCUGAGCCUGCAUACGAACACGAUGCUCACGCAGCCGCUCGUGCUGGGCCUCAUCCGGGAUCUGCGCAUGCAGUCGAUCACCUGGGGCAUGGCCAACAGCGAUCUGAGCCACCGGGACAAGAUGAAGCGCUACGGUUGCGUCGGCGUCACCUACGACCGCAUCGAUCAGCGGGAUCAGGUCGGCGAGGAGAUGCUCGGCUUCAUCUACUUUAUCGAUUCGCUGGCAACGCGAAAUCAUAUUCGCAAUCUGCUCGAAAGCGAGCGACAACUCAAGUGUGCCAGACCCUAA